AGCAGAGAUGGGACCGGGUUUUGUAGAUACAGGAUACGGCGGCGUGCGGCGGUGAGGCGUGCGAGGGCCCGGAGCGGCUGGCGCGCGCGGGAAGGCGCAGUCGGUGUCGCGCCCUGGCAGGACGGGCCGCGCGCUGGGGUGGGGCGGCGGGCAGCGCCUCCGCCAUCCCGACCCCUCAGCGCUCCGACCGAGGAGUUGGUGGGAAUUGUGAACGGGGCAGUUUGAAUGAGAAGAGCUGAAGCUUGCAGGUUCCUGUCCCUUACAGGUAAGAGCCCUCAGAGCUGAAGAUGCCGCUCUUUGGGAAGAUUGUUGUCAUUAAACGGAAUGGGGCUGAUGGAAUUAGUUUUCCACUCACUGCAAGUUCUUGUUUGUUUGGAAGGAGAACAGAAUGUGAUAUUCGCAUCCAGUUGCCUCAGGUCUCCAAAGAACACUGUAAAAUUGAAAUAAAUGAAAACAAGGAGGCAAUACUGACUAAUUUAAGUACAGUGAAUCCUACACAGCUGAAUGGUGGCUGCUUUCAGCAGCCUGUGCCUCUGAAGCAUGGAGACGUGUUAACUGUUAUUGAUCGUUCUUUCAGGUUUGAAUAUCCUCUCCAAUCAACUCCAAGAAAGAGGCGUUCUAGAUCUCCAAAAGAUGAAACACUGCAGGUUCUUCAUGUUCAGCAGGUGGCAGAAGUGGAAUUAUUACACAAACAAACGCCAGGAUCUAAAGGUCUUCGUGCAUCAGAUAAGACUGAGUGUGAAGAAAAAAAGGGCAACGAAAAUAAACAAAAUACAGAGGAAAAUAUUUCUAAGACUUUACCUGUCAAACUACAAACACCCAAAUCUUCACACAGAAUACAUCCAUCUAGCAAAAUCCAAAAUGAAAUAUCUCCCUUUGGUAAACUCUAUGAAAAGCUGAAAGAGGAGAUUAAAGUGAGAAGACUUCUACACAAGGGAAAUGAAUCUGAACCAGCUGCCAAAGAAGAUGGCACAAGUGUUCCCCUAAAAGCAAGCACUCAAAUUUCAUCAUCAAUUUGUGCUUACGAUCUGGGAAAUCUGAGUAAAGAAAAAGGAAUAGACACAAGUGGAAAUAAGGAAGCAGGUAAAACAGAAAUCAAGCAAGAUGUAAUUUGUUUAGAACUUGACCAGAACUUGACUGCAGGAAGUGCUACAAAGAAGAGUUUUACCCGAAGUCCUCGAACUCCAAAGGAAGUGUCAAGACAUACAGAGAGAAGUCACUGGCAGCAUAACAGUGGCCUAAGUACAGCUGGCAAGUCUGAAGGUACUGAAGUUACAACCAAACCCAGGAAGGAGAGUGAUGGAAAUGCAGCAUCUUCACUGAAGCAGUGUUCUAUAGAGAGGUCUGUAACAGCAUUAGAUAAACCAGCACAAACAACAAGCUGGGUGAGUGUUUCUGAAGUGAGUAUAGACGUUCUGUCUACACCAACACGCAGAAGGAAGAGCCUCAGGUCUCUUUUGUCGCUGACCAAAGAGCCUGGUGGAAUGAAUCCUGUUCAUAUUGAUACUCCAACAACUCAGCGAUGUGUGUCAAUGAAACGUGAGCCUUUGUCAGAUAUUGCAGCUGAAGCUCCAAGGGAAGAUUCAGUGUGCAGAGAUGAUGGCGUCAAACAGCUGCCUUUGGCAGAAAACAAAUGCUUAAAACAAAGACGAAAUAGUAAACAACAGACCCCAGGAAAACCUGUGAAAGAAGUGCUGGAAGAAAUCUGUGAUCAGGCAGCUUUGAACUUCCUUAAAUCAAAAGAGGGGCAUUCUGAAACUCCUCCUUCUGAUUCCAGGAGUCCCAGAAGAAAUAACAGGCAAAGUAAAGAAUUAUCACACAAAAGUGUCUGUUCAGAGGCACUGGCUUUAGAAGAGGUGACAUCAGAACUCACAUCUCCUGCUAGUCAGAAAUCCAGCUCUGGAAGAAAAAAGGGUAGGCCAAGAAGCUCUGGGCUGCUGCCUGAUAAAGCACCAGAGGCAAAUGCUGUGCAGGAACAUUACAGGGGAACUGAGGAAGAGCUGGCCACAAAGGGAUGUGCCCAGAAACAAGCUUUGGAAGAUGUCAAUGUUCCAACACCACGUAGACUGUCAUUGAAGAGAAGGGCCUCUGGAAGUGCUACUGGACUGCAAGAUAGCGAGGCUGUCUCAGAAAUGAAUGUUUCCAGCCUGUUGGCUGAAGAAGCAUCAGGCAAGACAAAAGGGAUGUCUGAGAAGAGGAAAAGCGAAGAUCUAUUCCUUCAGCCUUCAGGAAAAAGAAAGAGAGUGUCCUUUGGUGGUCAUCUGAGUCCAGAGCUUUUUGAUAAAAGUUUGCCUCCCAACUCACCCCUUAAAAGAGGUGCAAUUCCUUCCAGACUGAGCACACCCUUUGGAAACUCGCCACGGGCUGUCCUUAAAAAGGCUCAGGGACUGAAGCUGUUUGAUGUCCAGAAAGAAAAAAUGUCACCAAAAAAUUUACUAUCCCAGAAGUCCCCAACUGCCUCAUCCCCUGCCUCUGGGAAAGCAACACCCAGAGUUCCUCUGGGCUCUCCAGCACCUUGCGCAAAAGGGCGUUUCUCUGUCUCUCACAUCACGACUCCAUCACCGAUUGCAGAAGAGAAGGAGGCUGUUGCAGAAGACCUGAGUACAGAGGAGACAAGUGGUGCCAGAAUAAAUACCCCUAAACCUCCUGUGAACCAAGACAACAAAACCAUUUCAGCAGCUACACCUGACAAGUUGACGAGAAGCACGCAACUGGCUUUGAAGGUCACGCCCAUGAAGAGGAGAAGUGGGGCUGUGGCAGUUAUCAACGCAAAAAGGAGAAGUGGUGCCUCUAGUGCCAAUUUGCUAGUUGCAAAAUCCUGGGCAGAAGUGGUAAAAUCAGGUGUUGCAAGGCCACAGUCAAAGACUGUUAAAAAAAGUGUCCGGAGAGGAAGACCCCCGAAGAGAGCCCAAUCACAGAAGACUCCAGAAAGAAAAGUUAAAGGUCAUUUUAGCACAGGCCAUGCAAAGUCACCAACUACAAUAGUUGUAGGUAGAGCUUAUUCCACCACAGUCAGAACGGCUGGACAGGUCCCGAAAGUGGUAAAAAAUGCCCUCUUGAAGCUAAACAUGAAUAUGGAUGAAAGCUUCACAGGAAUGAGUGAAAUGUUUCAAACUCCUGAAAACAAGAGUGGAAAGGCGUUACCUUUGGUCACUGCUCAGCAGACUGAUCUUACACCAACGUGUACUACAGUGGAAGUUUCUGAACUGCACACUCCUGAAGAAACUGGUGAGAUGAUGGUGUCACCAUUAAAUAGUCCAGAUGCUUCAGAAGAGAAACACGAUAGUCCUCGCAUUUGUCACUUCCUGAGAGAGCAGGAGUCUCUAGAGUCUACGUUUGAUGCAACAUCCACAACUCCUGGAAAAAGAGAAACUCUACUGGAAGAAAGUAUUAGUGUGGAUAGUCUGUUAAUUCCAGAAAAACAAGCAUCUUGGCUGAAAUCGGGAAGUAAAAAGAGGACUCCAAAGCAGAAGAUGGAGCCAGCUGAGGUCUCAUCAGGCAUCAAGCAGCUUUUAAGGACUCCGAAGCAAAGGUCAGAAUCGGUAGAGGCCUUGUUGGGCAUCAAAGAGCUCAUGAAGACCCCAAAGCAGAAGUCAGAGUGUGUAGAGCCUUUGUCGGCCAUCAAGCGCCUCCUCAGGACUCCAAAGCAGAAGUCAGAGCCUGUAGAGGCUUUGUCAGGCAUCAAGCAGCUCAUGAGGACCCCAAAGCAGAAGCCAGAGCCAGUCGAGGUCCUGUCAGGCAUCAAAAGGCUCAUGAGGACCCCAAAGCAGAAGCCAGAGCCAGUCGAGGUCCUGUCAGGCGUCAAAAGGCUCAUGAGGACCCCAAAGCAGAAGCCAGAGCCAGUCGAGGUCCUGUCAGGCGUCAAAAGGCUCAUGAGGACCCCAAAGCAGAAGCCAGAGCCAGUUGAGGUCCUGUCGGGCAUUAAGCAGCUCGUGAAGACCCCGAAGCAGAAGCCAGAGCCAGUUGAGGUCUUGUCAGGUGUCAAGAGGCUCAUGAGGACCCCAAAGCAGAAGCCAGAGCCAGCUGAGGUCCUGUCAGGAAUUAAGCAACUCAUGAGGACCCCAAAGCAGAAGCCAGAGCCAGUUGAGGUCCUGUCAGGAAUUAAGCAACUCAUGAGGACCCCAAAGCAGAAGCCAGAGCCAGUUGAGGUCCUGUCAGGAAUUAAGCAACUCAUGAGGACCCCAAAGCAGAAGCCAGAGCCAGUUGAGGUCCUGUCAGGAAUUAAGCAGCUCAUGAAGACCCCAGAGCAAGAGUUGGAACCUGUUACUGAUGAAAUCGCCUUUGCGGGAUUGCUGAAGACUCCAGUACAAGAAAAGGAAGCAGCAAAACAUGUGGCAAGUGUUACUUCAGUCAAGAAAACUCCAAAGCUGAAAUAUGAACCAGUAGAGGACAUGGUUGGGGUCAGACGGAUUUUUAGGACCCCAAAGGAAAAGGUUGAACCCAUAGAAGACAUGUUUGGUAUUAGUAGAUUAGUGAAGACUCCAAGAGAGAAGUAUCAACCAGUCGAUGAUUUUGUGGGUCUGCAACGACUUAUGGCAGAACCCAGGCAGAAAUGUUCUGAUUUUGAAGAGGACUAUGUUGGAGUUACAGAAAUGUUUGAUAUACCAGAGGAAAUUAAGGUUGCAUCAGUAAACGUUAUGGACUCUAAGCAAGCCGAGACUGCAGUGCCCUGUGCUAAUUCCAGUCGUAAACCCGAAGAGAAAGGAAAUGUUUCACAAGGUGAAGAUUCUCAAGAGAAGGAAUCAAGCAGUGAAGACCAUUCUACCCAGAAAUCAAGAAGGGGCAGACCAAGAAAGGCAGUGCUUCCUGCUUCAGCAAAGCAGUGUGAAAAGGAGUCGAAUUUAAAAGAAUUGCAAAGUUUGGGAAGAAAGAGCACCCAAGAGGAGAUGGAGGAGAUCAGUACUUCAGUAGCUAAGAAUGAAAGAAGAGGAAGGAGAGCAAACUAUGGUGUAGAAGAAAUUGUUUCAAAGCACCUUGAUCAGGAAAAAGCUGAAACUGUUUCAUUUGUGGAACCAUGUGGAGCUACUCAAAGACCAGGAAGAGGGAGAAGGAAAGAACCAAAGGAGUUAAAACAUCCAAGUGAGAAUCCUGAGUCUUGUGGCAAAGAUUCUUCAGUGCUCCAAGAAGAACCUACAAAUACAAAACAGAUUUUGCAGGAGUGUGGCAUCAGGGACGUAUUAAAACCUGAAAGUGAUCCAACCCCAAAGACAAGGAGUGUUUCUAGUAGCAUUCCAGAUGAACAAUGUCAACUGCAAACAGGUUUAAAACCCCCUGAAAAUAAAACUAAUGCAGGUGGUGCAGAAGAGAGUGAAGAAAAGCUUCUUUCACCUAGGAGGAGAUCUAGGGGAGGAAAGGAAGUAGAAAACACAGAAGUACUGCUGUCUCCUAAAAGGGGAAGAAGAGCUAGAAAUGACCAGCUUAAACAAGCUCCUUCAGAGGACCUUCAUGGCACAAGGAGGCUUCGUAGACACCCGUCAGCCAAUAGGACACAAAGAGAUGAACAGACUUCUGCCAAAGAUGCUGAGGCUGCCACAGCUGAAGAAUCUGAAACCAAAACUAACCUUGAAAUAACGGAGAAAAGAGUGAAGUCUUUGAGAAGUGCUAGAAAGUGCUCCACUGAAGUCAGAGCAGACGCUUGUGGAGUGGCACCUGAAAAUACACCAAACAUUCGGGAAACGGAGGAAGCUUCAACCGAAACUGAUCCUGAAACACAUUCACAUGUCAAAAAGGAGAUUAAAGUAUCUCAGGGAGAUGAAACAGUAAAUGCUCAGGAAAAUACAACAGAGACAUCUCAGAGAUUAAAGGCAGAGUCACCUUCUGGAGAGACAAACAAAAUGCCAGUUACCACGCUCAGCUUGGAAGCGACCAGAAGUAGAAACAGGAGAGGCAAAAAGGACUCUUUGGAGAAAAAGACUGAUGAAUUUACCAAAGAUAUAAACACUUUAGAACUAGUUACUCCUAAAUUUAAGUCAGAAACAGAAAUGGAUGAGUCUUCUCUCACAGAUUCUUUGGGCUCCGUUUGUGUCAGGAAUAUGUCGCAAGUCACAAAGGACCAGAAGAGCCCAGCUCCCACAUCACCUGCUCAUAGCGGUCAAAGGCAGACGAGAAAUCGACAGAGGACACUCAAACCAAAACAAACUGAAAUCCAGCAAGAGGAUCAAGCACAAAACAAUGGACUGACAUGUAGAAGAGGCAGAGGUAAAACAGUUCAUUUUGAACUUAAAGACAGUUCCAAAACAGCUGAAGGAAAAAAGGGUUUACCUGAGGAUGACAAAGUGACUCGCAAGAAUGAACAAUGUGCGACUUCAGAAAGUGCUCCUGUGCAAGUAAGGAGGAGCAGAAGAAGGCAAGUUGAUUCGGUGCCACAGAUAGCUUGUUCUACCUCUGUGGAACAACAAACAUUAAUUGCAGAUCAUAGUAAAGAUGAAGCUUCUGUAAAAGAGCAAGAUUCUGCUUUGGAAGCUACUCCCUCUUCAACAGAAGAGACUCCACCGAGACGAGGGAGAAGACGAGGGGUUGCCGCAGCAUCACAAACAUCUAGAUCCCUUUCUGUCAGAAGGAGACGUGGGUUGCUAGAAGGUGAUGAUAAAAAGAUGACUGUGAUGGAAGAUCAAAAUCCAGCUUUGGGAAAUAAAACAUUGCAGGCAGAAGCAAAUGCAUCAGCAAGGGACAAAAGGGAAAAGAUUGAUCUAGCAGCAGAGGCAAAAAGUUCACCUUCUCUCCAGAGGAAACGUGGCUUGUCAGAAACUGAUGAUAAAGAGGAGGGUACUAAUGAAGAACGAAAUCCGCCUUUGGACACUGUGUCCUGUGCAAAAGAGAGGCCAUUAGGAAGGGGUAGGAGGAAAGUAACUGCUUUGCCAUCUCACACAAGUAAUUACAUCUCUCUGAGAGGAAAACGUGGUGUGGCAGGAAAUAAUGGCAGAGAAGAGGGUCCUAAAGGAGAGCAAAGUGUUUCAUUAGAAACUUCGGAUUCGUCUGUAAAAGAAAAUCCACGGAGAAAAGGCAGGAGAGAGAUGGCUGCCUUGUUAGAAGCCCCAAAUUCUACUUCUGGUCAGGACAAACAGGGCUUAUCAAAAGAAAGUGGUAGAAAGACUAAUUACAGGGAAGCAAAAAGGCUGAUUUUGGAAAAUUCUCCUUCCCAUGAAAAAAAUGAGCUUUCAAAAGCAAAGUCGAGGACAACAGUCACUUCAAUGGCUCCUAACUCCACCUCACUUCAAGGGUCUGCAGAAGAUGGUAAGAAUGAAACUCCUGGAAAACAAGAGAGUAUGCUUUUGGAAGCAGCUCCAUCUGCAAAAGAAAGUUCACCAAGAGUGGGCAGAAGGAAAACAGUUUCUUCCAAAUAUGAAGAAGCUAGUUCCACAUGUCUCAGGGAAAAGUCUGGCUUGUCCAGAGCUAAAAGUCAAAAGAGGAUUCUUAAAGAAGGUGAAGAUACAUCUUCAGAAAAUAAUUCAUCCCAGGGAAAAACAAGGCAAUUGAGGAAUAAAAGGACAAAGGUAGAAUUCAGAUCAGAGGCAGCUACUUCUACUUCUGUCUGUAAGAACGGCGCUGUGCCGGAAAAUGGGAACACUUUGGAUGCUCAGAAUGUGUGUUCCAUGGUCACUGGUUCUGACAAGAGUCACCAGGCUGCAAGAGGAAAAGAGCUUAACCCUGUUCAACAGGCAGCUCCUGCUGCUCGCAAAAGAAAGUGCCUGUUGCCAGCAGAUGAUGUGGCACCCAAGAGAGUCAAAUCAGAAGAUGAUGAAAAUAGAUUGCCACAAAGAGCAAGAAGAAACCCCACUAAAGAAGAAGUUGGUGAAAAGGCCGUAAGGGCGACUCGGGCUGCUGGAGGGACGGACAGGAAGACGAGAUCAAGCAGCAGAACAAGUGCAAGAACAAGGAAGUAACCUUAACAGUCACAGAACCAGUUUUUAAAUUGGCUCAGUAAUUUAAAUGGCAGGGUUUUUUUAUGUGACAUGAUUUGCACUCAGUUUUUAAACUCAGAGUUUGUAAAGCAAUCCCUCAAUUCCAAUUUGCUCAGAGUUGAUUUCUUUAUGUAUUUGCAGAUGCAAGGUAGAGAUUCCUUUCAAUAGAUUUGCUGGUGUGUAGUGGUUCCUAAACCAUGGGGUGCUCGUGCAAAACUGCAACCAUAACUAUAAAUCUCUUUCUAACAGCAUUUAUCCCCCUUUUUCUGUUGAUCAGUACAGCAGCCAGGAAGCCACGUUACUGUACUGUCAGUUUAAUUGUGAGCUAUUUUCUGCUUGAAUUUUCAUAUGCUUAAGUCUUAAUUUGUGUUACAGUUCUGUAAAUAAUCUUUAAAAGAAACUAUAGAUGUGUUAGCAGAAACAUUGUGCUGAACUUUUGAUAAUUGUUUUUGAAAGAAUUAAGUUCUUGUACUGAA